AUGCAGAAAUCACCGACAAUAGGUAUUGUCGGUGGUGGUAUAGCUGGCCUUGUAUCAGCUUAUUAUCUUUCACAAAAAGUAGCACUUUCUAAAAUUCCUCAUCUACGUAUUUUAUUAUUCGAAAGAUCAUCACGUUUUGGUGGUUGGAUACAAUCUAAACAACUUGAUAAAAAAUAUGAUUCACAUGUAUUUGAACUUGGUGCACGAACAUUACGUCUUCAUAGUGGUAUUGCAUCGUCAAGUAAUCAUUCAACAAUAAAUACAUUGAAAUUACUUGAACAACUUAAUAUAUUUAAUGAUCAAUUUUGUCCUGUUGAGAAAACAUCACCAGCAUUUAAAAAUCGACUUAUUUAUUAUAAUAAAAAAUUAAUUAAUCUUAAUGAUUUAUCAUUAAUAUUUGGUGGAAAACCAUUACGUUAUCCACCAAUUGUUUAUGUUCUUUAUGAAUAUUUUUCUGAAAAAGGUCGAUUUACUGUUCAAGAUGAAACAAUUAAAUCAUUUAUUUAUCGUCGUUUUGGUCACGUUCUCGCUGAAGACAUUGUUGAAUAUUUACUUGAUCCAGUUUUAAAAGGUAUUUAUGCUGGUAGUGUAACAGAUUUAAGUGCUCGAAGUACUUGUGUUUUGAAUUUCUAUCCAAAAAGUGAACAACAUAUGCCAUUUAUUUAUUGUACGGAAUCAACUGAUGGUGAUGUUGAAACUGUAGCAACACAAUGUGCACAAAAAUCAACAAUUGAUUAUGAUCAAAUUACUGCUUGUACUCAUAGUCGAUUAGGUAAUCAAUUACAGCAUGUAUAUGCUGUUCUAACUGAAAAUCUUCAACCACCACAUCAAUAUGUACCUUGGAUAACACUUAAUGGUGAACAUACAGAUGAUAUGCAAAAACAAGCUGAAAAAGAUCUUAUUGGACUUAUUUGUAAAGCAUAUAAAGGAUCUGAUCCACCUGUUCAAUGCAAAAAAAACUUAUGA